GCCGACACACAAAACCAAUUUCGAUACUUUCGAAUCGUUGCGCAUUUUUUUUGAAUAUCAGUUCAAAUUCGAUAGUCUUACCCGCAAGACAAGCACUGUGCCUACGAACAACAUUUUCCACAUUUUCCAGAGAACGGCCAAGUUCAAGAAAAAUCAAAUAUCAAAAUUCACAUUAAUUGAAAUGAACGCGAGUGGGUGAAAAACAAUGAAAGUGUUAUAUUAAGAAUGAGCCACGGUAGAAUUGUGUUCCAUUAUCCGUUAUAAUUGAGCGCGUAUAGGCCAAUGGACUUGAUGAAAUUGCAGUAAAUCGGUUAUAUUGUUUCUAUUGAAAUUGGUUCAAUCGGCGAAACUCAUUGAUCGUUAUUGCUCAUUAAACAAAUAUACGGUGAAUGCGGAAAAAUCUACAAAUCACGAUAACAGCAGCAAUUACAUGCACCACAGCAUCAUCAAACACUCUCAACAAGAUAUUGAACCAUUUACCGUACUCGGUCGGCUACUGCAUUGGCAUUGCCCUUGCAAUCGUUAAACGUUUUGCGUGGAAAUGUGUUAAAAAAAAUUCAGCCGCAGUACCGUUUCGUGAAACAAAGACCGAUUUGAUUGAUAAACGAUGCCAAUCAUAUGGUUGUAAUAAACGCUGCUGUGUGUGGUUUGUGUGUAUAUGCGCGCGAGCGUGAGCGUUUAUAUUUGUGCUCAGUUUACCGCAAAAUUCAAAUCAUGAAAGUGGCAUCGCAAGUACCAAAAAAACAUUUAUAGAUUUCAACGAAAACAAAUAUAAACAAACAACAACAAAAAACCGUUGUAUAUAUGAAGAAUUUGGUUCCCACCGCUUCAGCAAUUUUUUGAGUUUUCAAUUUCUCGCUCUUUUCUCGCCAUUUCCUAAAAUAGUUUUGGAUGUUAGUGUGUUACAAAAAUAUAAUAUUGGCGAAAUUAAAAAUAUAUAUAUAAAAACAACAAAAGGAAAAAAAACAAUUGUACCUAUCCACCGAAUCUGCUUUCGAAGCGAACAGCAUUUAGCAUUGAAACUAUGAAGGGAGACGUUCAUGUGUGCAUUUAGCGUAAUCCAAACACGUCCCAACAACGAUCCACAGACAACACAUAUAUGCAUUCGCUUACUCAUCCGCGCACCACCUCAUUCGCUCGCUCGCUCGUUCACUCCCAACCAUUCGCACGUUCGCCUGAGUCGAAGAAAUCUUGUUUCAAUCAACUUAGAAAGUGAAAUUAUGAUAUGUGUUUGGUGUGUGUUCGCUGAUAGUUGAACCGUGAGCUUCGAUUGUCUAUUGCUCAAUAAUAAAAACAACGAAACGUACGAAUCACACCACAAAAACGAAAGAAAUUCCAUUUUCAAAAAAUUGAAUUGACGAUUUCCCCACCGAACUGCAUUUCGAAAUAAUUCAUUGCUUUUUGGCGACAAAACAUUUUCAAGCAAGAAACAAAAACCGCGAAGCGAACAAACCAAUUGAUCUCAUUCUAUGCGAUAUUUAGGCUAGUAGAUGUGCGUCUGCAAUUUUCUGACUACUGUUCGACAAACUAACGAAAGAACUUAUAAGAAAAAUAUUUAAAAGUGCCAACAGCAAAAAAAAAAAUGAAUAUCACCGCAUUGCUCAAAAUAGCGAUGCUAUCAAAUGUUUGGAUAUGCAUUUGCUUUGGCAAAAGUUAUCAGAGUGAUCAUCACUAUUUCAAACAACAUUUGGAUCAAAUCCAUGAGAAACAAAAUGAAACACCAAACAAAAACGAAAUCAUCACGAAACUUAAUUAUACCGAUGCAGAGGCAUUGGCUGAAGUCAUGAAGAAGGAACCAAAAUUUUUCGACGAAUUCGAGCUGAUACCACAAACGUGCAAAUACAAAGGUCGACGCUUUGAAUGUGGUUUGAGCAUAUCAUGCGUUUUAGCUGGCGGAAAACCCGUGGAUUCGUGUUCAGGUGGAAUGAUUUGGUCGUGCUGUGUCGAUAAGGACUUACAUCAAGAAUCGUCAUCCUCGGGAUUGGUACAGAAUGCAAGCUGUGGUGAACUGUACACAAGGGCAAAUCGUAUUGUUGGUGGGCAUUCAACAUCAUUUGGAAGUCAUCCAUGGCAAGCGGCUUUAAUUAAAUCGGGUUUUUUAACGCGAAAGCUUAGCUGUGGCGGUGCUUUGGUCUCUAACCGUUGGGUGGUUACUGCAGCUCACUGUGUCGCCACAACGCCAAAUGCAAAUAUGAAAGUACGAUUGGGAGAAUGGGACGUUAGAGACGCGGAUGAGAGACUAAAUCAUGAAGAGUAUAGCAUUGAACGGAAGGAAGUGCAUCCAAAUUAUUCGCCAACUGAUUUUCAAAAUGAUGUUGCAUUAGUAAAACUUGAUCGCAAUGUAGUAUUUAAACAACACAUUCUACCGGUCUGUUUACCACCAAAAACUUCCAAACUUAUUGGUAAAAAGGCAACCGUUGCUGGGUGGGGCCGUACACGCCACGGCCAAAGCACUGUUCCGUCUGUUUUGCAGGAAGUCGAUGUAGAAGUUAUAUCGAAUGAUCGUUGCCAGCGAUGGUUCCGAGCAGCUGGUCGACGGGAAACUAUACACGAUGUAUUCCUUUGCGCCGGAUACAAAGAGGGAGGUCGCGAUAGUUGUCAGGGCGACUCCGGAGGACCUCUAACAAUUUCAUUGGAUGGAAGAAAAACACUGAUUGGCCUUGUUUCAUGGGGUAUUGGGUGCGGACGUGAACACUUACCCGGAGUUUAUACAAAUAUUCAGAAAUUCGUGUCUUGGAUAGAUAAGGUCAUGGGAAAAGACGAUUAUUAGUUUUUAAAUCUUUAUUAAUUUAUUUGAUUUUACCUUUUACGGCAAAAAAAAGCAACAACAACAAAUAUUAAAUUUACGAAAAUGUAUGUAUGUGAGGGCAGUUUAAUCGAAUUGCGGCGAAAAUCCACCAAGAAUCAUAUGAUCGGAAUUAUUGUAUCAACAGUUUUUUUUGCCACUUUGGUAAAUGCAUGUGAUUAAUGUGUGCCGAUCAAUUUGAUUGAAUCCUCUGUGUGGAUGUAAGACAUUUACCACAAUUUUUCAUCGCUGAAAAAAAAUCAUUUAGAAGAUGAUUUUAUGAGCUCAGCAUUAAACCGACUAAAUCAAUUUCUUUUUUAGUUAACCAAAACGAAAAAAUCUUAUUGAGAUAAGUUAUAAUAAUCUUAAUGGAUUUUUGUAUUGCAAGAAGA